AUGAGCCUUUUCUUUACGGGGACUCUCCAACAAUGUCUAGUAAAAAGUGUUGUGUUCCAGCUUCCAGGCUGCGUGGAAUCUGGAAAAUCACACAAGAAGCUUCAUUUAUUUCCUAACCCAACUGAGACUGAGCGUUUCAACAAGUGGAUUUUAUCUAUUGGAGGGGAUAUUCUUGGUUUCGAUAAUGAGUACAUUUUUAAACAACGCCGUGUUUGCCAUGCUCACUUUGAUGAGAAGUUUUGCUGCCGAAAUAACCGAAUAAGUAAUAUUGCAGUGCCAACAAUAAAUUUGCCAAAACCAAUAUCUCUGCCAAUAUUUACACACUCUGAAAGAAGGCCACUUAGGCAAAUAGAGACUUCAAAACCAUCAACCUUAUCAGUAGAUGUGUCAUCGCCAAGCUCACCAACUGGCGAAUCGGCGAGUAACAGUGGCGCGUUACCAUCGCCACCGCCACUCGCCGACGACGAGCCCGAUGCAGUGGGCGAAGGCGUUGCUCACUCAUACCAUGAACACCAGCACGUAAGAUACAAUCCGCUGAAAGACGAAUGGAUCUUAGUUUCUCCACAUCGAUGCCGCCGACCGUGGAGCGGGCAGACAGAACAACCUCCCGAAGAACCAUCACCAGAUCCCAACAAUCCGUUGAGAGCUGGCGCAGUUAGGCCAAACGGACAGCGUAACCCUGACUACACAUCGACGUAUGUAUUCCCAAAUGAUUUCCCAGCUUUACUAGAGGAGGUGCCAGAACCUCCCCAACCAAAACAUCCAUUGUUCCAGGCAGCUCAAGCUAAGGGAACUUGCAGAGUCAUGUGCUUCCAUCCCGAUUCAACGAUGACAAUACCUCUGAUGUCGAUGGACGAGAUACUCGCGGUUAUCAAUGAAUGGAUCGAGCAGGUCAAGGAACUUGGUCAACGCUACACUUGGGUGCAAAUUUUCGAGAACAAAGGAGCCGUUAUGGGCUGCUCGAAUCCUCACCCGCAUUGUCAGAUCUGGGCCUCCAGCUUUCUACCCAAUGAACCCAGGGUAAAAGAUAGAUGCCAAGAAGAAUACUACAAUGAAAACGGAAAAGCGUUGCUCGUUGAUUACGUCGAGCAGGAACUGAAACUAAAGGAGCGGAUUGUCAUAAAGAACUCGGAAUGGGUAGCCUUGGUGCCGUAUUGGGCAGCCUGGCCUUAUGAGACCAUGGUCUUACCCAUCAACGGCAGCCCCCAGAGGAUGACCGAUCUGAACGCAGAACAAAAGAGAGGAUUGGCGGAAAUCAUGAAGCAGCUGAACACCAAAUACGACAAUCUGUUUCAAUGUAGUUUCCCAUACAGCAUGGGGUGGCAUGGCGCUCCAACCGGUCCAUCAACUACCCAAGGGGAUUCCCCCCAUUGGCUCUUACACGCGCUAUAUCUUCCCCCACUUCUCCGCUCGGCUACUGUGAAGAAGUUCAUGGUUGGCUACGAAAUGCUAGCACAACCUCAGCGAGAUCUCACACCGGAACAAGCGGCCGAGAAGCUAAGACAGUGCGACCAUAAAGUGCAUUACAAGAACAGGAAAACGAAAUGA